AUGUCUGUUCUAAAUGGUAGGCUGAGUCCGCGCGAGUCGGCGAAAUACGUUGUUACGAAUUCGAGCGGCCAAAUAAAAUUGUCUGAGGAAGGAGUGCAAAAAGCAGCCAGGCUUAUGCUGGAUGCGAUUCGCAGUGGCGCUUACUCAGAACAUUCAUAUUCCGCGAUUGAUGUCCAUCCACAGAAUGCCGAUCGCUCUGCUGUUGACUGGAUUUUUCUUGUGGACACAAUAAAUUUUUCAUUUUGGUCGGAGAAGUCGCACUUCCAAGUAACUUUCCAAGGAAAAAAAUAUACCGGCUAUUUGGCGGCCUGUGCUUGCAUCAACAGAGCACUGGAGGAAGGAAAAGCAGUCACAAACGCUGACCAUAUGGAACGCAUUACCGAGGACGAUAUGAGGGAAAUUUUUCGAGCAGAUGACGGUUUCACGCUUGCUUCUUUUUGCUGCUACUAUUAA